AAAAAAAAAAAGAUACCACAGACCCCGCCCACGGCAGGAGACGAGGUAGAGACCGGGAGACAGUCAGAUACACACAUAGGAUCAGUGGUAUCCUUACGGUAACAGAAACGGUCACCCCUCAAUAUCACCCACAGUAUCUCUCACCUACAAUCACGGGACGUGAUGUAAAAUACAGAAGCACCCUGCACUGACAGAAUCCGUUGCACCUUUCGUGUGCAAGCACAAAGGUGUGCAGCAACAGUCACACGAACCGCCACACCGGAGCAUUCUCUUGCGCGCAGCUUGGCCACUUUGCUCCACACAGCAGCUCACCGUCCCUCGAGCGCCCAGGAGCGCCCAUAGCCCUCUCCCGUAUCUGCGCUGCUGGCGCAGGCGCGCAGUGGAGGGGGCCGCGGGGUCCUCUGGGAGAUGUAGUUCAGCGAUGACGGCCGUGGCGCAAAGCGUUCUGGGGCUCGUGGUUCGCGGGGUCCGUGGGGAACUUGGUGUCGCUGGUUCAGAUCUCGCAGAGCUCAGAGUCCUGCACGCCUGUCCUCGUCUCGCUCCUCCUUGCGGAGAAUUCUGGGAGGUGACGUCGCGGGUCUUGGUCGCGGGGCCCGUUUGCAGAGCCCGCGGCGCCGGGAGGACUUUGCUCUUUUUCAGAAGAGAAAACUGAAGAAGGAGGAAUGGCCGUGGGACUUUGUAAAGCCAUGUCCCAGGGGUUAGUGACCUUCAGAGAUGUGGCACUAGACUUUUCCCAAGAAGAGUGGGAAUGGCUGAAGCCAUCUCAGAAGGAUUUAUACAGAGAUGUCAUGUUGGAGAACUACAGGAACUUGGUAUGGCUUGGACUCUCCAUUUCUAAGCCCAACAUGAUCUCCUUACUGGAGCAAGGGAAGGAACCAUGGAUGGUGGAGAGAAAGAUGUCACAGGGUCACUGUGCAGACUGGGAGUCUUGGUGUGAAAUCAAGGAAUUAUCUCCAAAAUGGUUCACUGAUGAAGAUGAAAUAUCCCAGGAGUUGGUAAUGGAAAAGCUAGCAAGUCAUGGCCUUGACCGCUGCAGUUUCAGAGAAGCCUGGAAAUACAAGGGUGAAUUUGAGCUACAUCAGGGAAAUGAGGAGAAGCCUUUCAUGCAAGUGAUUAAGGAAAUCUCUACUGGGGAAAGAGACAAUGAAUAUAGUGAUUCUGGGAGAAGCACACCCCUGAAAUCAGUAUUUUUAAGACAACAGAAAGUUCCUACCAUACAGCAAGUACAUAAAUUUGAUAUUUAUGAUAAAAUCUUCCCCCAAAAUUCAGUCAUAAUUGCAUAUAAAAGCCUCUGUGCUGAGAAGGAAUCUUUGAUAGGUAAUGAAUGUGAAGAAUUCAACCAGAGUACAUACUUUAGUAAAGAUAUAGGAAUUCCUCUUAGUGAGAAACAUUAUGAAAGUAAUGAUUUUUCAAAUCUCUUAAGUUUCCACUCAUUACUUACUCAACAUCAGACCACUCAUUUUGGAAAGUUACCCCAUGGAUAUGAUGAAUGUGGUGAUGCCUUUAGCUGUUACUCGUUCUUGACUCAACCUCAGAGAAUUCACAGUGGGGAGAAACCAUAUGCAUACAAUGACUGUGGAAAAGCAUUUAGCCAUGACUUCUUUCUCAGUGAACAUCAAAGAGCUCAUAUUGGGGAGAAACCUUAUGAAUGUAAGGAAUGUAACAAAGCCUUCAGACAGAGUGCACACCUUGCUCAACAUCAGAGGAUCCACACUGGAGAGAAACCGUUUGCAUGCAAUGAAUGUGGGAAGGCCUUUAGCCGUUAUGCCUUCCUCAUUGAACAUCAGAGAAUCCACACAGGUGAGAAACCAUAUGAAUGUAAGGAAUGUAACAAAGCCUUCCGACAGAGUGCACACCUUAACCAACAUCAGAGGAUCCACACUGGAGAGAAACCCUAUGAAUGUAAUCAGUGUGGAAAAGCCUUCAGCAGACGCAUAGCCCUUACUCUGCAUCAAAGAAUUCACACAGGAGAGAAACCUUUCAAAUGUAGUGAAUGUGGGAAGACCUUUGGCUAUCGCUCACACCUGAAUCAACAUCAGAGAAUUCAUACCGGAGAAAAGCCCUAUGAGUGCAUCAAAUGUGGGAAGUUUUUUAGGACUGACUCACAACUGAAUCGGCAUCAUAGAAUUCAUACUGGAGAGAGACCGUUUGAAUGCAGUAAAUGUGGGAAAGCCUUCAGUGAUGCUUUAGUUCUAAUUCACCACAAGAGAAGUCAUGCAGGAGAGAAGCCCUAUGAAUGUAACAAAUGUGGGAAGGCUUUCAGUUGCGGCUCUUAUCUUAAUCACCAUCAGAGAAUUCAUACUGGAGAGAAACCCUAUGAAUGUAAUGAAUGUGGGAAGGCUUUUCAUCAGAUCUUGUCCCUAAGGCUACACCAGAGAAUUCAUGCUGGAGAAAAACCUUAUAAAUGUAAUGAAUGUGGGAAUAAUUUUAGCUGUGUCUCAGCCCUUAGACGACAUCAGAGAAUUCAUAAUAGAGAAACACUCUGAUUAUAACAAGUAGAGGAAAGAAAACAUUGGGUUGCCAUCAGUCCUUAUUGAAAAUUAGUGAGUUCUUUUUGGUUAGUAAUUCUUUGCAUGUAGUUCAUAUUUCAGUUUAUGAGUAUUAUUUGAAGUAACUCAUUAGUAGAUGUCCAUUACUUAUGUUUUGUUUUGUUUUGUGUUUUGAGACAGAGUCUUGCUCUGUUGCCCAGGCUGGAGUGCAGUGGUGCCAUCUUGGCUCACUGCAGCCUCCACCUCCUGGGUUCAAGCAAUCCUCCUGCCUCAGCCUCCUGAGUAGCUGGGAUUACAGGUGCCCACCACCAUACCUGGCUAAUUUUUGUAUUUUUAGUAGAGAUGGAGUUUCACCAUAUUGGUUAGGCUGGUCUCAAACUCCUGACUUCAGGUGAUCCACCCACCUCCGCCUUCCAAAGUGUGGCAUUACAGGCGUGAUUGGUCACAGUCUGGCCAAUCAUAUCCCGCAACCUAGUGAUACGGGAUUGGCAGAUGGCUCUUUGUGGAUCAGUGAAGUCCUUUGGGGGUAUUGCUAUGGGUAGUAAGAGAGAUUUUUUUCUGCAAUGGCAAGUUUCAAGGAUUUAAUAAGAUUAAAAACUCGCCAGUAGCCUUUUUGCCACUCAUGAGGAAAGCUUUCCCAAAGAGAAAUCUAACAGGAAAAUGGAGCUGAGAGGCGGAAAUCUGAUGAUACUGUUUGAUCUCCUGGAUCCAGCCAUUCUUGACAGCUGCGCCAUCCUUUUUCUCUUUUUGUGAUCCAGUAAAUUUCUUUUUUUUUUUUUUUUUUGCUUAAUUUGGAUUAGAUUUUGCCUCAUGAAAUUAGAGUACUGAUUCACACAUUCUGUGUUUGCUAUACAUAUGAGAAAGCCUUAAUUUUUACAUGGCAUAGUUGUUUAUUCUGAAGAGAAAACUUAUGAUAUAACAAGUUGAUGAAAGUUGAAUAUACAGCCUCCACAAAGCUGAGAUAAUUGUUAGAUUUUACUUGUCGAUAAAUUAUUUUAGCGUUUCUUAGUUUUUUUCACAAUAUGGAUGACUGUUAUAAAAUUCACCAAGUAAAAUUCUCUAACAGGCUCUCCCUUAAGGAGUUAAAAUCAUUUGUCACAGUGAGUCACCAUAUGCCUGUAAAGAGAGACUGGAAAGCUAAGAGAAUAAUGGCUUCAUUUGUGUAAUGAAUGGCUCUUCAUUUUGAAGGAGGACCUUAAUUUUCUUCUUUCAGUAUGGGUCUAAACAUAUUCUGUGGCAAAAUAUAAUAAAAUUGUAAACGAGGUCUCUUGUGGGUGGGCUCUAAAUUUGGUUUAAGAACUUUAUGGACAACUUCUUUGCAGCUGGAGAUAUCAGACAAAGAUAUUGCUGGCAGAUAGAAUGAGUUGUUUUGAACAGAUGGUAAAAGCAAAGCAGUUAAUGCCUAAAAUUGUUAGAGACUAAAUAAUUUCCAUUAUUGGGAGUAAUGAGGAAGAUGAAAUUGUGAGAAAAUACAUUUCUUUUUAAUCUGAAUGGAUGUAGGGAAAUAAACUGGUGAUAUGGUAGCUGGGCCGUCUUGAACAGUAAGAAUAUUGGGCAUUGCCUGAAGAACUUCUAUAAAAACAUACCAGAACAAAUGAAUGAGGAAGGAAUGAAGGAUUUAUAUGUGCAUAUAAUUUGUUUAAUAUUCAAUUUGUACUUUAAUAAAAAUCUGAAAAUUAUUUUUCAUAAAUAUUCAGACAAAUUCCCUUUAAACAGCUGAAAAUACAGAUUUAGUGACUCAGUACUUCAAACCUUGAACAGAAACAAUAUGAUUAUAAAAUAUUUCCAAACUUACGUUACAUCUAAUCUAAAACAUUAAUAUUAUAAGCUUAAUUCAUGUCAUCAUUUCUUUAUUUUUAAAUUGUAUUUCCUGGAGGUAUGGGGGAUAUUUAUUUUUGUAAUUUCCAAGCACUAAGUAAUAAUUUAUUUCAGAAAGUUUCACAAGGUUACAGUAAACUUACCAAACUUGAAGAAGAAUGACUCAGACCAGUAAAGAGUCUGAGUUGCUCACUAACUGAUUUUUUUUUUUUUUUGAGACAGAGUCUCACUCUGUUACCCAGGCUGAAUGCGGUGACACAAUCAUGGCUCACUGCAGCCUCAACUUCCCGGGCUCAAGUGACCCUCCCACCUCAGCCUCCUGAGUAGCUGGGACUACAGGUAUGCUCCACUAUACCUGGCUAAGUUUUGUGUUUUUUUGUACAGUUGGAGUUUCGCCAUGUUGCCCAGGCUCGUCUUGAACUCCUGGCCUGAAGUGAUUUGUCCACCUCGGCCUCAUGGAAUUAGAGGCCUCCCAAAGUGCUGAGAUUACAGGGGUGAGUCACUGUGCCCAGUUACUAAUUGAUUUUUGAUCUAAGUAUGGCACCUGAUUUCAUCCUCUAGAGUGACAAAAACCUAAGGCACUGGUUCAUUCUAUGUUUAUAUAGUUAAACUUCGCUUGUAAUGUUGAUAAAAUCUUUUAUACCCAUGUCUUUAGCAUAAGUUUUUGUAUUUUGCAAUGUUUCUCCUUACAAUGAGGUGCUAAAUUUUGUCUUCCACUCUACAACCCAUUGUCUUGUGAUCUAUUGACCUGAUCUCUUAGCAUUAGUGAAAAUUUAUGCUUUAUUAAUAUUUGAUUGUUAUUAGUACCAUCUGGAGAUUUCUGUUUAUGUGUGUGUAUGUGUUAUCUGAAGAUGCAUAUUUCAUUUAAAUUUUUUGUAUUAAGUGCCUAGUGUGUGCCAGGCUUUGUUCUAAUCUAAGCAAUGGAGAUACAGCAGUGAACCAAACAGACAAAAAAUUUCUGCCUUCAGAGAGCUAAUUUCUAAUGAGGAAGACAAUGAAAAAGAUGUGUAAGUAAAAUAUAUAAGUGAGUAAAUUCUAAGGAGAAAAAGAUGAAGGAAGGGGUGGGGAGCCAGGGAAGGCCCCUUCUGAAGUUAACUUUUGAGUGAAGACCUGAGAGAGAGAAGAUCUCUGUCUGUCUGUCUAUCUACCUGCCUACCAAUCCUUCCAUCUAUCCAAACUACAUAUACACACCUAUAGACAUAUUUAUAUGCCUUUAUAACUAAUGGAAAUGUAUAUAACUUUACGUUGGUAUAUAUAAAUUUACACUUUAUACUUAUUUUCAUCUAUCAUGUCUACAUAUUUGUGUGUUACAUUUUAACACAUUUGACUCAGAUGAAUUUAUGGCCUUUUACAAUCUAGGCAAAUUUCACUUAAUUAUAAGGUAUUUAAUAUUGAUGCUUAAUUGGCACAAUUUAGCCACUAGGGAUUACUUUAAGCAAACUCCGUGCUCCCUCCAGCACAUGUAUUUUGGACAAAAUUGCAGCCAUUAUGAUUGAGUCCCUUUUAGAGAUCGCUGGGGGGAAAAUGUUUCCUUUAUAGAACAUGGUUUCAUGCUGAUUUCUAGUUCUUUCUCAAUAUAUUUUGUUAUACCCUACCAAGAUUUUCAGCUUUGUUCACAAAACUCAAGACAGGGAGGUAAUGAAUUGGGACAGUGGAGAAAAGUGGAUUCCUGGAAGCCAUGAGGUGACGAUACUUCACUAAUGGGAAUAAGUCACCUUCCUGGAUAGCUUUCUCAGACAGUCAUUUACAUAGUAAUUCCUCAUGUAUUCUUCCAGAAAAAGUAGUGAAAGGAUCUGCUCUUUUGACAUUGGGACAAGUAGGGGACUUUGGAGUUACAUCUACAUAUGGAUGUCAACUCUUUGUUAGGAGAACUUGAAGAAGUGAUUCAGGCUCAGUUUAGCUAUCUGUAAAACAAAUCAUAAUUCUAGCCUUUUGAAUUUUUGUGAGGAUUAAUUGAAAGAAUGUAACAUUUGUAGAUAGUUAACAAUGGGGUUAUUAUUAAUCAUAAAAUCAAUCACAAGGAGUUGGACUGUGUCCCUGAAAGCCAGCUACUCCUGGGGGACAGAAU